AUAGCCAAGCCAAGAGCUCAAGCCAACCCAAAGCUGCAACUGACCUAUCGAGGAGCCUCCGCCCAGAUCGCAGAGAGAGCGAGGUGGAUUUCGCCUAGCGUCACUGUCUGCUGGAGCUGCAGGAAUGACGGACAAUAUUCCCUUACAACCAGUGAGACACAAAAAAAGACACGACAAUAAAAACAGGAAUGGGUGCUGUCCGUGGUCAAGGUGUUGUGGCAUGGGGGACUUCCGUCCACGGACGGUGUGGUUGGGCCACCCAGAGAAGAGGGAGCAGAGGUACCCCCGCAACGUAAUUAACAACCAGAAGUACAACUUCUUCACCUUCCUCCCAGGGGUGCUGUUUAAUCAGUUCAAGUACUUUUUCAACUUGUACUUUCUGCUCCUGGCCUGUUCCCAGUUUGUCAGUGAGCUCAGGUUAGGGGCUCUGUACACCUACUGGGUUCCUCUGGGAAUUGUUUUGAUAAUUACCAUCAUGAGAGAAGCAAUUGAAGAAAUCCGAUGUUAUUGUCGAGACAAAGAAGUGAAUUCUCAAGUAUAUAGCAAGCUCUCAACAAGAGGCACAGUGAAGGUGAAAAGCAGUGGCAUUCAAGUUGGAGACCUUAUAAUUGUGGAAAAGAACCAGCGAGUUCCUGCUGACAUGAUCUUUUUAAGGACCUCUGAAAGGAACGGCUCCUGCUUCUUGCGUACUGACCAGCUGGACGGCGAGACCGACUGGAAGCUCCGCCACCCGGUAGCCUGCACCCAGAGACUGCCGACGGCCGCUGACCUCCUCCAGAUCAGAUCCUAUGUGUACGCGGAGGAACCAAACAUCAACAUCCACAACUUCAUUGGCACAUUCACCAGGGAGGAUGGAGACCCACCAGUCAAUGAGAGUCUGAGUAUUGAGAACACCCUGUGGGCCAGCACUGUCAUUGCCUCUGGGACUGUGGUAGGAGUAGUAGUGUACACUGGCAAGGAGCUCCGGAGUGUGAUGAACACCUCCAACCCAAGGCAUAAGGUUGGACUGUUUGAUCUGGAAGUGAAUUGCUUGACCAAGAUACUCUUUGGGGCUCUUGUUGUGGUUUCUCUGGUCAUGGUGGCUCUCCAACACUUCGCCGGCCGUUGGUAUCUGCAGAUCUUCCGCUUCCUUCUGCUUUUCUCCAACAUUGUCCCAAUUAGCUUACGUGUGAACUUGGACAUGGGCAAGAUGGUGUUCAGCUGGAUGAUCAGAAGAGAUUCUAAGAUCCCAGGGACAGUGGUCAGGGCCAGUACAAUACCUGAACAACUGGGACGCAUCUCCUACCUGCUCACUGACAAAACAGGGACUCUUACCCAGAAUGAGAUGGUGUUCCGUCGCCUCCACCUUGGAACGGUGGCCUAUGGAAUGGACUCUAUGGACGAGGUUCAGAGUCACGUGUUCAGUGCCUACACACAGCCACCCCAGGACCUUCCAGCAUCUAGAACCCCCGCGGCCACUAAGGUCCGCAAGACCAUCAGCAGCCGUGUGCAUGAGGCUGUGAAGGCCAUCGCCCUGGUGCACUGCGUGACCCCUGUGUACGAGGCCAACGGGGUGACGGACCAGGCCGAGGCCGAGCAGCACUAUGAGGACACCUGCCGGGUUUACCAGGCCGCCAGCCCGGACGAGGUGUCACUGGUGCAGUGGACCGAGAGUGUUGGACUGACCCUGGUCGGACGGGACCAGUCCUCAAUGCAGCUGAGGACUCCCAGUGGACAGAUCCUGAACUUCACCAUCCUGCAGAUAUUCCCCUUCACCUACGAGAGCAAGCGGAUGGGGAUCAUCGUUCGAGAUGAGUCAACGGGAGAAAUUACUUUCUAUAUGAAAGGUGCAGAUGUGGUAAUGGCAGGCAUCGUCCAGUAUAACGAUUGGCUGGAAGAAGAGUGUGGAAAUAUGGCCAGGGAAGGUUUGAGGGUUUUGGUGGUUUCCAAAAAGUCUCUGACAGAGGAACAGUACCAAGACUUUGAGGCCAGAUACGUCCAGGCCAAGCUGAGCGUCCAUGACAGGUCUCUGAAGGUCGCCACGGUGAUUGAAAGCCUGGAGAUGGAGAUGGAGCUUCUGUGUCUAACAGGGGUGGAGGACCAGCUGCAAGCAGACGUACGGCCCACCCUGGAGAUUCUUCGCAACGCAGGCAUCAAGGUGUGGAUGUUAACUGGAGACAAGCUCGAAACAGCCACGUGCACGGCUAAAAACGCCCAUCUGGUGACGCGCAACCAGGACAUCCACAUCUUUAGAUCGGUGACGACACGAGGAGAGGCCCAUCUGGAGCUCAACGCCUUCAGGAGGAAACACGACUGUGCUCUGGUGAUAUCAGGGGACUCGCUGGAGGUGUGUCUGAAGUUCUACGAGUAUGAGUUCAUGGAGCUGGCCUGCCAGUGUCCGGCGGUGGUGUGUUGUCGCUGCGCUCCCACUCAGAAGGCCCAGAUUGUAAGACUACUGCAGGAGCGCACAGGCAAACUGACCUGCGCCGUAGGGGAUGGAGGAAACGAUGUCAGCAUGAUCCAGGAAGCCGAUUGUGGCGUGGGAGUGGAGGGCAAAGAAGGGAAGCAGGCAUCGCUUGCUGCAGACUUCUCCGUGACUCAGUUCAAGCACUUGGGCAGGCUGCUCAUGGUCCACGGGAGGAACAGCUACAAGAGGUCCGCGGGCCUCUCCCAGUUCGUCAUCCAUCGUAGCCUCUGUAUCAGCACCAUGCAGGCCGUCUUCUCUUCUGUCUUCUACUUUGCCUCGGUCCCACUCUACCAAGGAUUUCUCAUUAUUGGCUACUCCACCAUCUACACCAUGUUCCCCGUUUUCUCCCUUGUGCUGGAUAAAGACGUCAAGUCGGAGGUAGCCAUGCUCUACCCAGAGCUAUAUAAGGAUCUCCUAAAGGGUCGACCUCUGUCCUUUAAGACCUUUCUCAUAUGGGUCCUCAUAAGUAUCUACCAAGGCAGCAUCAUCAUGUAUGGGGCCCUGUUGCUGUUCGAGUCCGAAUUCGUCCACAUCGUGGCCAUCUCCUUCACCUCGCUGAUCCUCACGGAGCUGCUGAUGGUUGCCCUCACCAUUCAGACCUGGCACUGGCUAAUGAUCGUAGCCGAGCUUCUCAGCCUGGCCUGUUAUAUCGCCUCGCUCGUCUUUCUGCACGAGUUCAUCGAUGUGUAUUUCAUCGCCACGCUGUCAUUCCUGUGGAAGGUGACGGUCAUCACCCUGGUGAGCUGUUUACCCUUGUACAUCCUGAAGUACCUGCGCAGACGCUUCUCACCGCCCAACUACUCCAAGCUCACCACCUAGAGAGAGAACUGUCCCCGCCCUUACCAUGAGUUACCUCCAGCCCUGCUUGUGUGUGUAGAGAGAGGGGUCUCUGCCCGCGUGCCUCUCCCUACCUCUCUUGACUGACAGAGCAGUGCUUUUUUUCUUUUAGGACAUAAUGGAUUCUCUUUCCCUUCAAUGUAUUCUUAAAGGUGCAAUUGAUAGAGGUGAUGUGGAAAGAAAGAAAGAGAAAACAUGAUUUAAGAGAGAAUUGUUUUUGGUUAAAUCUACAAUAUUACCCUUGCUGUGAUGUUAAGACUGACAAGUAUGAGUAUGAUGUGCUGAGUCUAAUGGUGGUUGGAUUAGAUACAAUUACCAUUGCUGGUUGGAAAUACUGUUCCUUGUAGAUUGAAGCUGGAAACUGAAUUCUGUUUAGUUUCUUCAUGCUGAAGUCUAGAAAUGUAUGAGUACUAUCAGGAAAUGUGUGCCAGAAUUAACAGAUAGAGGGCUAUGUGUUCUUCUUAAUCACGGACUGACUUGUUAGCUAUAUAGGGAAUACAGAAAGCUUGCCUGGUAUCUACAAAAUCUGGCAUAUAGAACUGGAACAAGGAACACAUGAUUUGUCCGAAAUAUUCGCAUUAAACAAAUGAAGUGGCUGAGGCAUACCACCACCAUGGGGUGGUGUUAACUGGCAGGUUUGGUGAGGUUUGGUGUCAAAGACUUGUCUCGUGUGCUCUAGCGUAUCCUUGUGUUACGUUGGGCGCCGCCACUGGCCAACCACUGCGUUCUUCCCUAAUUGGUUGAAUGGCUUAGUGAGAUGGACCUUGAAGGAUACAUCACAAUCUUUAACUCUCCUGAGAGGAAAUUGGGAAGUAAGGAAAAACAGGACAGAACUGGCAAAAACAUUUUUAAAUAAUAUGUAGUGACACUGAGUGUGAGUUCAGAACCCAUUUCCUCAUAGCUGAGUAAGAGGCUUUUGAACAUUAUCUACUUUGUUGUCUCUGCUCAUUUAGCUCAUCAAAGCUGUAUCAAGGACAGAAUUCUACAUAAAAAAAUUGCAAUAAUUGAAACAAAACCGUUUAAAUGCCAUCUGUUAAGGCAUUGUGGCAUGUGUAAUACAUUCAAAUACAUACUGUAGUUUGAAAACUACGCUGUUUUGAAUUCUUAGCUCUGGGGUUGAGGGUUUUAGGAAGAUGGGACAGGGAUGGUUUGGUUCAGAUCCGUGGCCUCUAACAUAACACAGCCUCCGAUUUAACACAUGCUUGUCAGUCUGAAAUGCAUUGAAUUGUUAAUGAGGUUUCAAUUGCGCAUAUGUUUUCACAGCAAUUGUUGUAUUUUUAUUGAAAAUAUAGUGUGAAAUACGCUGGCUUUUUUUUUUUUUUUAAAUGCAUAUUUACAAUAACAAUAGUUGCAUUACAGAAUCGAAACAAUAAUUGCACAUGAUAGAAAACAGUGGUAGUGUAGUAGCAUUUCUCUAUGACUUGAUGCAAUUUGUCGUUGGAAAAACGUUCUGGGGUUUAAAGGUGAACCAGUGCACUGAUCAGAUUCUGUUUGUGUAUGUGUUUGUUGUGCGUCACUUUACUAAUAUAGCCUGGCCAUGGGAAAAGGCUGGAACGUUUAAUAUAGCAUGAUCACCCACAGUCUCAGAUGUCCAAGUGUGUCUUUGUCUUUUCAUUUGUCAGGGGGGGGGUAUAUGAUAAUACGGUUUGUCCAAACCGAAGACCAUGGUCAAUAUGCAGCCACUAACAGGACCACAUUCGUCGCCAAGUCGGAUUUUCCACUUCGGACCCCAGACUAGCUGUGUCCGUAGGUCACCCCGCUGUGUGGUCACUGCCCACUCCUGGCGCCAGUUGUAGCCACUCUGUAUCAUUGCAUGAUUCACUUUAGUUGUGACAUGAAACCAAUUCAAGCCAUAGUUGAAAACAGUCUGACCACUGUCCGGCUUUCUCCAAGCCAGUCCCCCUCCCAGAGACACCAACGUGUCUGGGAUAGAAGUUAACUGUCACCUGUUUAGACUGAGUGGUCUUGUAGAAUGUGUCAGUGUUCGUUCCAUAUUAAUGAGAAGACAGAAAAAGAUCCUACCAAUGCAUCACAUUCAAAGACGAUUGGUACAAAGGGCAUAAGGGUGUAAAUAAUUACAUUGUGUUGAAAUGUUCAGAUUUGUAUAAUUUUCACUAACCUGAACCAUACCGACUUAGCCUAAUACCAUCACAGGGUUACUGUUAAGAUUUAUGAAUCAUUGUGUCAGAAAUUACAAAUGGGUGCCAAAAUUACUAAUGCACUGCUUUUCUUACUCAGUUGGUAUUACCUGCAUUUUGUAUUAUGUAACCUUAAAAACAUUGAACCCCUUUAAAUUGAACAUGAUUUCUUUGCACAAAAUGUUGUUAACAUAAGUGUAUUUUUCUUGUAAAAAUGACACUACAGGUAAAAUUACACUACAUUAUUUAACUUUUUGAAGUUUUGUUUUUUGAAGUAUUGUAUCAUGCAUAAUUGUAAAAAAAACUUUUUAUUUAUUAACCAUGAUAAUUAUGUGUUGUGUUGGUAUAUUUGCACUCUAAUUAGCAGAACAAAAAGGGAGGAUCGUGUUGAAUUGUGAAUAUUGACGGAGAUCAAAUAAAUUUCAUGUUGUUUUCCUUUCUAA